CAUACCAUGCUGCCAGUCAGCAAAGCUGGGAGAAAUUCUGUGGAAAUGAUGAAAAACAACUAUCAAGACAUUUCAGGGUGGGUGUGAACAAACCCCCUGAAUGAAAAUAGAAAUCUUCUCUGUUCUGCGGAAUUUCCUGUUUAUAACAAGGAGCAGAUUUAGGACUGGGUAUAUAUUGCAGUGGCACUCCUGGGGAAUUCAAACAGUUCUUUCUCCAGGGAGAAGACAGAAGGAACAGUUCAGCUGCCUGUUCUGAGACUCUGCUUCAAGGGGAGCAAGAACCCUUCACUGAAACCCUCCCACGAUGCUGGGGCUGCUGCUGCUGAAGGUGUUGGCCAGCUGCCUCUGCCUGGGACACGGUGAGGUGGUGAAGUCCUUUGAAGAAUGUUCUGAGUUUUUCUAUGCAGGGACCACUCCAAAUGAUGCCCUGAAUCCAGAGAAACCAGCCUUGAUCUGCCAGUUCUUCAGGAACAAGUAUCACUUUGCCACCCUGUACGACAGAAACAAUAGAAUUCCUGUCUACUCUGCUUACAAAUAUGAGCCUUCAGAUGUCAAGAAACCUCCAGAGUGGUGGUUAGUUGAGCCUCAGCUCAUAGAUAAAAAUAUAAAGCUUAAAGAGAUGGAAAGGGACAAGACCCUCAUAGAGAAACACGGGAUCACCUUAGAACAAAUCAAAGAGAGCCAGGCUGUUCCUGACGACUACAAAGGACUGAAGGGUUUGGACCGUGGCCAUUUGUGCCCCUGUGGCCAUAUGAACAGUAAAGAGAACAAGAUGGCAACCUUCACCCUCACCAACAUAGUGCCCCAGGACACCAGCCUCAACAAUGGCAAGUGGAGAAUCUACGAGCAUCAAAAGAUGCAGACGAAGACCAAGGACUGUAAAAGCACCUACGUUGUCACGGGUGCUGUGCCUGGGAGUGACAAGAUCUCUGGAGAUAGGGUUAAUAGACCCAGCCACAUCUGGUCUGCUGCCUGCUGUCUGGGGGAAAACAAACAGCCCAAAGAUGCUUGGGGGGCCAUUGCUGAGAACAACAAGAACAGGGUGGAGGUCAUCAGCCUGGGGGAGCUGGAGAAGAGGUUGACUGAUCUCUAUGGGAAAACAGUUACCCUGUUCAACAAUGCCUGUCCCCGGGAACAAAAGCCACGUCCUUAGAAGAACCUUGGUGGCUUUUCCCACAUGUCUUAGAAUCACAGAAUCACAGAAUGGGUUGGUUCUGAUGGGACCUUAAAACCUUAGAAAUCAUCUCAUUCUGACCUGCCUGCCAUGGUAAAGGACACCUUCCGCUACACCAGGGUGAUCCAAGCCCUCCCCAGCCUGGCUUUGAACACUUCCAGGGAUGGGACACUCAAAACAGCUCUGGGCAACUUUUACUUGUACCACAGCCUGCUCAGGGUAAUUUACUUCUUGAUAAUAUCCCAUCUAACCCUGCCCUCCAUCAGUGUGAAACCAUUCCCUCUUGUCCUGCAGUCCAUACCCUUGUCCAGAGACCCUCUCCAGCCCUCAUCGAGAUCCUUUCGGUCCUGGACUCUCAGGGGUCUUCUCCAGGCUGAACAUCCCCAGCUCUCUCACCCUCUCUCCACAGCAGACCCACCCCAGCCCUUGGAGCACCUUCAUGGCCUCCACUGAGCUCCACACCAACAGCUUUGUAUCCCCCUUGUGCUGCAGGCCCCAGAGCUGGAGGCAGCCCGGCAGGUGGGGUCUCAGCAGAGCACAGCAGAGGGGGACAAAUGUCCUGUGCAGCGUCGGUGCUGCUUCCUUCUCUGGUGAGUUUCCAGCCCUGUCCCUCAGGGCCCCUCCUGCUCUGCUCAAAGGCACAGAGCUGUGGGCAGAGCCUCCAGCUGCUUUGCUUUGCUGCCCCUCUCAGGAGAGAGCUCUCAGGAGCGAGUCCUCUCCUCCUCAGCUGUCCCGAGAGUGUGCAGCUGACUUGUCCCUCACCUCCUUAGCAAGGCUGUGGGACCAGGGCCCCUCAGGUGCUCAGAGAUCUUUUCUGGAGAUCUCCAUGUCUGGAGAUACCCACACCUCAACAAUGCAUGGUUCUGGACAACCUGCCCUAGCUGAUCCUGCUGGAGCCUGGAGCCUGCACUAGAAGAUCUUGAGAAAUCCCUCCAAAACACAACAAUUCAGUGAUUCUGUGAUCCUGGGAUGUGCUUUUGUUUCCUUGCUUUUGAGACUGCACCUUGAGAGCAGCAGCUGUUGUAUCAGACAGGCUUUGGCAUCAGUCAGAGAGAAAGUUUUGAGCAGCCAAAGCUCAGUUCCUCUGCUGCCCUCCUUGGACACCUUCAUUCUCUGCUCUGCUUCUGAAGCUUUUCUGCAGAUUUAUGACAAACUGAUUUGGGGAAAUGUAUUCAGUGGUUGUCAAAGAUCAAUGUGUGCCACAUCAUGUAGUUUGCAAGAGCUUACAAUAAAAGUUUAUUGCUGCA